UCCCGCUGAACUCCAUACGACAAUGUUAUUUAACCUUAAUUUUUCCGCACAUUCACAUUAUUGAUUGUCAAUUGAUUCUUUUCUUGUCGCUAUAAUGUUUCUUAGCCACACCUCGAUAAGAAGUCUAAUCGCCAUGACGCCACAUCUCUAAAUCAUUGACAUGUGAUUCUUUUAUUUAUAAUUUUUUUAAGGGCUUUGAAGAUUAACGUAGACUUGUCCGAAACUCAAGACAAUAUCCAAUCCCAAUGUGAAAAAUUUCGUUGACUCCUAAACAUUGUGUAUAUAUCCGAAUAAAGUCUUGAAUAUUCCCUACAAUUCAUGAUUAAUAUUCUCCCAUAGCCUGUAACAAACCUGUUCGCACAAAUGCUUGUGUGAGGAACAGUCUUUUGUUGAAGGAGAGGGUGCGUAGGCUGUUACUGGGUUCUGGGUGCGCAGGAUAACAAAAUGGGUGCUCCAGGAACAAGAUUUUCUGUACUGGGAUUUGUGGGUUUAAUUUUGUAUGCAGCGAUUUUAUGCAAUGGAGGAAUCACAAGUAGUUUUGUUAGAAAGGUUGAGAAAACUAUUGAUAUGCCUCUUGACAGUGAUGUCUUCCGUGUGCCUCCUGGCUAUAAUGCGCCUCAACAGGUACAUAUUACACAAGGAGAUCAUUUGGGAAAGGCGGUGAUUGUAUCAUGGGUUACCGUGGACGAACCGGGCUCAAAUACAGUCCUGUAUUGGAGCGAGAAUAGCAAGGACAAAAAGGAAGCAGAAGGAAAGCUUACCAAGUAUAAAUUUUCGAAUUAUACCUCUGGUUACAUUCAUCAUUGCACCAUUAAAAAGUUAGAGUACAACACCAAAUACUACUACGAGGUUGGAAUUGGUCACACGACACGCACAUUCUGGUUCACAACACCCCCUGAAGUUGGCCCUGAUGCUCCUUAUACUUUUGGUCUUAUAGGGGAUCUUGGUCAAAGUUUUGACUCCAACACGACGCUUACACAUUAUGAGAAAAAUCCUGCCAAGGGACAAACGGUGUUGUUUGUUGGAGACCUCUCCUAUGCGGACAACUAUCCUAACCAUGACAAUGUAAGAUGGGAUACAUGGGGAAGGUUUGUUGAAAGAAGCGUUGCUUACCAACCUUGGGUUUGGACUGCAGGGAAUCAUGAAAUUGAUUUUGCUCCAGAAAUUGGUGAAACAAAACCCUUUAAGCCAUAUAGUCAUCGUUAUCACACCCCUUACGAAGUAUCAGAUAGCACCUCUCCCUUUUGGUACUCAAUCAAGAGAGCUUCAGCAUACAUCAUUGUUUUGUCCUCGUAUUCAGCGUAUGGAAAAUAUACUCCUCAAUAUAAAUGGCUUGAAGAGGAGCUACCAAAGGUCAACCGGAGUGAGACGCCAUGGCUGAUUGUUCUAAUGCACUCUCCAUGGUACAACAGCUAUAACUACCACUUUUUAGAAGGGGAAACCAUGAGAGUUAUGUACGAGCCAUGGUUCGUCCAGUACAAAGUUGAUGUUGUAUUUGCUGGUCAUGUUCACGCAUAUGAGCGAUCUGAACGUGUAUCGAACAUUGCAUACAAUGUUGUGAACGGAUUGUGCACUCCGGUACCUGACCAGUCGGCCCCGGUUUACAUAACCAUUGGAGAUGGAGGGAAUCUUGAAGGCUUGGCCACCAACAUGACAGAACCACAGCCUAAAUACUCGGCUUUUCGUGAGGCCAGCUUUGGUCAUGCCAUUUUCGAUAUCAAGAAUCGAACCCAUGCUUACUAUAGUUGGCAUCGUAAUCAGGAUGGAUAUGCCGCAGAAGCUGAUACUAUGUGGUUUUUCAACAGAGUUUGGCGUCCGAUAGAUGAUUCUCCAACUACUGAAUCGUGAUGAGUUGAAGUUCGAUUUUUAUACUCUCUUUUUCUGUAUGUUUGUGACAAAAAUUUUAAUGUGAAGAGAAUAAAGAUUUUGAAAAACACUUUCGAAUAUAUUUGGUGGCUUCUGCUUUUAAGUUUUAGCACUAAUGUUUUUGCUUCUGUAAAAAACAAAACUUGCCAGUGUAACAUUGAAGGCAGCAAAUACACAACACAAUCCAUUGUAAACUUAUUUUGUACCAAUUACUCGUUAUCCAGUUUGUAAGAAGAGAGUGUCCAAUGUAUAUAAAUUUACAAGACAA